AUGUCCAGAGCCAAUUCUAUUAAAAAGAAAGAAAACAACGUAAACAAUUCAGUAGAAAACAAAAUUCAAGUGGAAGACAAGCUGUCAUUGAAUUCUUUAAAUAUGGAUAAGGGAUACAUUGAAAUUACUGCAGAGUCAAAGAAGGAAUCAGCAUCUAUAGAAGAAGAUCAAUUGGUCAACAAUCCCUUUUUAGAUCCAAAGGUUGCUGAAUAUUAUGAUAAUUUGUAUCAAUCAUGCAAUUACGAAAGCUAUUCCGCUUUCGAUCCAAAUUUUGAGUGGACUGAACUGGAAGAAAAGAAAGUAAUCCAUAAAAUUAAUUAUAGAGUAGCUUUGACUUCUUGUUUUCUUUUCAUUAGUUUGCAAGUCGCAAGAGGUAAUUUUGCUCAGGCUGUUCUGGAUAAUUUAUUAAACGAUCUUGGAUUAACCACCAAUGAUUAUAAUACUGGUAAUACUAUUUUUACUGUGGCAUUCCUUUUGGCUGAAAUUCCUUCCCAAUUGAUUUCUAAAGCUUUGGGUCCGGAUAUUUUUAUUCCAGUUCAAAUCUGUUCCUGGAGCGUUGUUGCAUUGUGUCAAGCGGCAUUAAGCGGAAAGACAUCAUUUUAUAUUACUCGAGCAUUGAUAGGAGCAUUAGAGGGAGGAUUCAUUGCAGAUUUGGUAUUGUGGCUAAGCUAUUUUUUCACCAGCAAGGAGUUGCCAAUUCGAUUAUCAUGGUUUUGGACAACAUUGGCUUUGGUUCAAGUGGGAACAUCCUUGUUAGCUUUUGGAAUUUUACGAAUGAGGGGAGUUGCUGGAAUGGCUGGCUGGAGGUGGUUAUUCUUACUUGAAGGUAUUUUCACAUUAUGUAUUGGUAUCUCUGGCUUCUAUUUAAUGGUUCCAUCAGCUGUUCAAACUAAAAACUGGAUGCACCCAAAGGGCUGGUUCACAGAACGUGAAGAAAAGAUUGUAGUGAAUAGGAUCUUACGUGAUGAUCCAACAAAGGGGUCUAUGAAUAACCGACAGGGAUUAACUUUAAAACAAUUGGUCAAAAGUUUGCAUGAUGUGGAUAUAUUCCCUAUUUUUGCUAUUGGGGUAAUGGCAUAUAUUGGAACUAUGACAUUCAAUUCAUAUUUUGUUUUGCUCAAUCGUCAGAUGGGAUUUUCAACCUUUGAUACAAAUCUAUUGAUGAUUCCUCCACAAGUUUUACACAUCAUUUGUUUAUUACUAAUAACAUGGACAUCUGAAAGGCUCAAUGAACGUUGUUUUGUUGCAGUGGUUUCGCCAAUCUAUGCAGCCACGAUCAUGGGUAUAAUUAGGUGGUGGCCGGGAAGUGGUAUUCAACAAUGGCCGACUUAUGUCUUGAACAUGUUAUAUUUUGGUCAACCCUAUAUCCAUGCAAUCUGUGUGGCAUGGGUUUCUAGAAAUUCCAAUGGGGUUAGAACCAGGUCUAUAAGUUCUGCGUUGUACAAUAUGGCAGUUCAAUUAAGUAAUAUAAUUGGACAAAACAUUUACAGACAGGAUGACUUGCCCUUAUAUAAAAGGGGUAACAUGCAAUUGUUUUGCUUUAGUUUGGCAACUAUACCUAUCAUUUUGUUAACCAAAGUAUACUAUGUAUAUAAGAACAAGAAAAGAGAUGAAAUCUGGUCUUCAAUGACAGAAGAGGAAAAGGAAAAUUAUAGAAUGAACACAAAAGACGAAGGAACAAGAAGGUUGGACUUCAGAUUUGCUCAUUAA